AUGAUCGUGCACCGCCUUGCUCGUCACUUCACCGCGUUCCGUAAAUCCAAAAGGUCCUUCUCUAUUCUUAGUCGUCAUCUUGAUGCAGCUUCUACCGUAUUCGCCUCUGCUGCGAGGCUCGAACGUGUGGAAGAUCCAGAACUGGUGCUGUCUGACGCGCAGCGGAGGACCAUAUAUGCACUGUCGACACCGCCUGGUAAAGCUGGGGUUGCUGUGAUCAGAGUAUCAGGGCCAGAUGCUCUGAGGGUGUGGUCUUGCAUGGUCAUGGCGAACUCUGAUGCGCGUAGCAAGGAUAAAGCUCGCGAGACCGAUCCGGAACCUUGGAAAAUGCAUAGAUGCAAAAUCAUCCACCCGGAGAGUGGUGAGUCGUUAGACGAUGGUCUUGCAGUUUUCUUUAGAGGUCCGAAGUCAUUUACCACUGAGGACGUCGUGGAAAUGCAUAUUCAUUCCGGCCGAGCUAUAAUCGCCUCUAUCCUGUCCGCUCUGUCACGACUUUCUUUCUGCCGCCCUGCCGAGCGAGGAGAGUUUACGCGGCGGGCUUUUGAGGGAGGCCGCCUGGACCUCACUCAAGUAGAGGGAUUGAAGGACUUGAUUGAUGCCGAAACGGAGAGCCAGCGAAAAGCUGCGCUGAAAGCAGCUGGGGGAACUACGAGGGCGCGAUUCGAGAGUAUGAGAGACGAGAUUAUCAAAUGUCUGGCUCUUGUGGAAGCACUCAUUGACUUCGGAGAGGGCGAAGAGAUUGAGAAGGGCGUAUAUGAGUUAGCUCGAAAGCGGGCAUUAGUGCUCUAUCACACCAUACAACAUCACCUUUCUGACAACAGAAGAGGGGAGAUCCUGCGCUCCGGCAUUCGUUUGGCGAUCUUUGGUCCACCUAACGCUGGUAAAAGCAGUUUACUGAACUUCCUCGCCCAGCGAGAGGCAGCGAUUGUCACACCAGUCCCAGGGACCACUCGGGAUAUUCUAGAGCUUUCAUUAGACAUCGGUGGCUUGCCUGUGAUUGUCGCUGAUACAGCGGGCCUACGGCAUACCGACGAUGUCGUCGAGAAGAUUGGGGUGGAGCGGGCGAGACAAACGAUAGACAAGUCUGAUGUCUCGCUCUGUGUACUCUCGCUUCCCGAACUCACUCUCUCCGGGACUAUCCACAUCCCACCAGCCAUCUCUUCCCUUAUAUCUGAAGACACAAUUCUGCUCCUCAAUAAGGCAGACCUUGUUUCUGCUUCGCAUAUUAACGCCAUCUCCAAACUCCUCGGGGUGAAGCAUACAUGGCAGGUCAGUCUGACUUCAGGCGAGGGUACACAGGCGUUCUUGGAAGGGUUUGGUAGAGCUCUGCAAGAACGUUAUGACAUGCUGCAGGAGCGAGUUUCCGAGAUUGAGGAGCCACUGAUAACUCAUUCUCGGCACCGUGCCCAUCUUGAGAGUGCAUCGAAGUUCCUUCAAGCGUUCCUGGACACCCCUGCUGAGGACGUCGUGUUUGGUGCCGAAGAGCUUCGCUACGCAGCGCAGGCCAUAGGGAAGAUCUCGGGGUUGAUUGACGUCGAGGACGUACUGGAUGCUGUAUUUCGUGACUUCUGUAUUGGAAAAUAA